AUGUCGACACUAUUUAAUACUGAUGACGACACGUCUAAUCCGCAUACAAAACUAACUUCCCUAGCGAGUAUUUUAUCGACAACAUCAUCAUCAUUUCAUGAAGAUGAUCAAUAUCGACCGAGAGAUAUUAAUACGAAUUCAUUAAAUGAUUUUUUAACUACGGAAAAUACAAUAUUUCAACCAACAACAGAAACAGACAUGAUUAAAAGUAUUGUUAUGUGUCAGGAAAAUCCUAUGGAAAAAUCUUCAUUAUUUCGAUCAUUAAUCGAACAUACAGAACCAAGAGUUAAUGCUAAAGAAUUAACUGAACAUUUUUCUUCAUCUGAACAAGAACAAAAACUUUCAAAAUUUAAUCAAAUUGAGGAACAUCUUUUACGUCCAUUUAGUGAAUGUGUUGAACAAUAUUAUCGAAUACUUUUUCGUGUAUGUGAAUGUACAGAAGAAUUAAAACAAGAAUUACGACAAGUUAAAAGUGAACGUGAUCAAAUGAGUGAAGAUUUAAUAAAUGCUGAAAAUGCAUAUACUGACGUUAAGAAACGAAAUGAAAAACUUAAAUUAAUUAUAAAUGAACAUAAAAUGAAUACAGAAACAUUAAAACGUUUUUCCGAAGAAUCUGUUCGUUAUACAGAAGAACAAAAACAAAAAUAUGCCGUACUCAAACAACAUGCACAAGAAAAAUUAAAUGAAGCCAAUAGUGAAAUUGAACGAUUAAGAAAAACACAUACAUCUGAAAUGGAAGGUGUACAAACACAAUUACGUUAUGCGCAAUUACGAGUUCAAUCACUUGAACAAGAAAUUAAAUCUGUUAAACAAGAAUUAGAACAAAAAAAAAAAGAAAAUAUUGAAUUGACAAAUAUUUGUGAUGAAUUAUUAGCAACUAAUAAAAGAUAUCGAUUGAAUACUUUAUUUGCUUUUACAUUAACUGUUCUUGCUGUACUUACGGCUGGAGUAUUUGUUUCAACGUAUUUUGAACAAUAUCAUGAAACUGUAGGAAUUAGUGUGAAUAAACCAAUUGUAAAACAUAUGACGGAUUUUCAAGCUAAUCGAAAGAAAAAUGACCUAGGCAUAGUACAAUUAAAUAUGGAUAUGAAUCUUAAUCCAUUGUUCGAUUGGAAUGUUAAACAAUUGUUCUUAUAUUUAAUAGCUGAAUAUGUAACACCAGCAAAUAGUCUUAAUCAAGUUAUUCUAUGGGAUAAAAUAAUCAGACGUGGUGAAAAUGCUAAUAUCAACAUACGUGAUCUUGCAACAAAAUAUUACUUCUGGGAUGAUGGAGAACAUUUACGAUCGAAUAAUGUAACAUUAACACUUGCUUGGAAUAUUAUUUCAAAUGCUGGUCGUUUAAUUCAUGUUCGAGCUGAUGGAGCUCAUUCUUUUAUUUUUCCUGAUCAAUAUACAACGAGUCGUGCGGCAAAUUCAAAAACUUCCGGUCAAGAAUAG